AUGUCAGCUUCACUAUCACCAGAAUGUAAUGAGGUCAAGGAUGAGAGUAUGUUCUUCGAAGCCCCCAACUGUGGUAGGCACAAGGCUAAAAAGAAGCAGAAUAUCUUCGAGGGCAAGAAAGGGACAACAAUGAGUGUGCAGAAAUGUUCAAAGAAUACCAAGCAUGUCUCAAGAGGUGUGGAUAAACUGGUGCAAGAGGCCCGUGAGGAGAAUAAAGAGAAUGAUUUAAAACAUCUCGGGGUCAGAAAACUUGACUGUAACUUCCGUUCAGUCGCUCGAGUCACCAGAUAUUCCCAGCCAUUGUACUGGACACUGUCGACUUAUUCGAUUACUUUCUCGGUCAACCUACGGUCAACCAACCAACCAAGCAUCUUGUCUGUCUUUCGCUUCAUCCCGCCAGCAAACCCACUACCGCAGCUUGGCAUACCUUAUAUCCUCCAAGCUUUCAACCAGAGAACGGCAUGUACUGCCACGAGGAAUAGCGCUUCUAUGCACCCCUUUUCUAUUCUAACGCUCGGCAUCUUCGUCGCUGGCUACAUCACUGCCCGUUGGGAUCUGGUCACUCGUCUCUAUGAACUUGCCAUUUUUGCCUGGGAAAACGGUGUCGUCACGCGCGCAACAAAAGCAUUCGCUGCACUAUCAGUCGUCUUCCUCGCCAUUUGCGCCCCGACCGUCUUACUAGCCAGAAAAGAAACGAAUCUGUUGCUUGUCAUGAUAGAGCAUGAUGGGUUGAUGAGAGUGUUCUGGCCGACGGACAUUCGCAGGUCCGAUCGCCCCGGGGUCGUGGUGGGAUGGCGCAAUUCCGUACUCGACGUAUUUGUUGUCGCCAUCCUUGAAGAUGUUGAUGCACGGAAUACCGAAUUCCACCUCAAAGCCGGUACCUUCUUCCGCAGCGAGCUUCACCCGAAUAGCCAAAUCACCGAAAUGUGCGGCCACGGCUCAAUGCAUGUCCUCGGACUCUCAAACGCUACCGAUACCGAAGCAGCAGACCCUUCCUGGUUUUGUGCGACAACAAACUCGAACCCCCGAGAACCACAAAUUACAUGCGCCAAGGCCAUCAGCGUACAGCUCAUCCUCUACGAUCGUCCCCAACCUCAGGGAAUGCAAUACGUAUCAUUGAAUCCCAUUGCUCUAGCACUGGGCCAUGAUGGCUCUUUAUUAGGCGACACGGUAGUUUCAGAGGGAGAGCAGGAGACACGAGAGCGUCAAAUGAAGGAAGAGAAGCGCAAACUAGUUGAAAAGCUCAAGCAGCACACCAUUUUCAAGCGAGUUCCCUCUGCGCGUGACAGAGCCUUGCCCAAAAUCAUCAACCAGAUAAAUUGGUCCUGGGAGCUCGAGAAGACGCUGCAAAAGAAUGUGGGACGAUUAGGGUCGAGGCCACGACGCAGCCUUAGUGUGUCUGAGAGAGUGGUCGAGACAGCAUCGACAAUGAGAAAUUACGUUAUUCUGCAACUGUGGACAUGGUUUACGCUGUAUCUGUUCCCCACGAUACGCAAGACCUUUGUUCUGGUCCUCAUGGGCCAUCGCAUAAUGGCAGAGAUGUUGCUCCUGCUGCUCGAGUUCCGGGUUAAACCUGGAGCCGCAGCCCUGAAGGACAUAUCGGCUACAGCACAGCAAGUUGAGAUACGACUUCAACAGUUUUGCUACUGGCCGAUGCAGUACAUGACCCUGCGGCAACGAAAAAACAAUUGGGCUAGUGUUACGACAAGCCAUCCUGAUUAUAUCCGCUUUUACAACAGUUUGUGGCUCGUCGCCAAUGAUGUUAUCAUUGGCAUUGCUCUCGGCUCAUAUAUCAUCGAAAACGCAGAUUGGGUUGCCGCGCAGAUCGGUGACCUACUGCGCACUUACACAGUUGACGCACUUCAAAGCAGCAUUUCAUGGUUGAUGGGUUGGCCUGCUGGUCUCAAGCUAAACGGCGAAUUGGCAGCUUUUCUGGGAGAUUUAUUCCUUUGGGUCAUUGACUACUGGUCUAGCUGUAUCGAGACCUUGACUCCAGCAUUACCCCAGAUGGUAUGGUUUAUAGGGUUCUCGUCGUUCGCUGGCGCCAGCAUGCCGAUUGCCAUGUUUUCUGAUAUGCUUUCGACUCUGACCAUUCACAUUUACUCCUUCUAUCUAGCAUCUGGAAGGAUAUAUCACUGGCAGCUCACAAUUCUCCAGUCCCUCUUCCACCUCUUCCGCGGCAAGAAGCACAAUGUUCUUCGCAACCGUAUUGAUUCUUGCGAUUAUGACCUGGAUCAACUACUUGUCGGCACCAUCCUGUUCACAUUACUCUUCUUCCUUCUGCCGACAGUUGCUGUCUUUUAUCUCAAUUUUGCCAUUGCGAGGAUGGCUAUCAUCUCUCUUAAGGCUGGAUUUGAUACCCUCCUCUCCUGUCUGAAUCACUUUCCGUUAUUCGCACUCAUGUUGAGAAUCAAAGACCCGAGGAGACUUCCUGGUGGUAUACGAUUUGAGCUUCGAGAUACCCACGACUAUAUACGUGAUGGCACAAGUAACACUGAGGGGCCGCCCCCUACUUCGGUCAUCUACCUCAAGGUUGGCAGAAUCUACUUCCAAAAUUGCAUGCAUGUUGCCGGCUCGUCGGGCAAAUAUCUGGGAGAUGUGGAGGGCGUUGAAUACGAAGACAAAGCCAACUAA